CGCGCAGCGCUCGCGGCCCGGGGAGACUCCAUUUCCCGGCAGGCAGCGCGCCGGGGAGCCCGGCGGCGGGGCUGAGGCGACGGCCGGCUUCUGGACGAUGGCGGUGGAUUAGUUGGCCUCAUUACAAAAGCAUACCACUCGAAGGCCCUGGUUUGCCUCCCAGAUAGGAACCUGGACAGUCCCAAAGCAGGGACCUAGCUUAGAAACACAGAUGGUGGAAGAUGAAACUGAGACAACAAGUGAAGAAUUGCCUCCUCAUCUGCGGGAGGAGCCUCCCGAAGCUGAUGUGCUGGGUACCUGGUACCUGCAGCAAACAGUCUGUCCGGGGACGCUUAAUGAGAGAAGAUCAAAGGUGAAGGAUGCCAGCAAGGAGCAUCCACAGCAGCAGGCAGGGGUGAUCUGGAGAGUGACGGGCGGCCUGUUCAGCAUCACCCGGGGAGCCGUGGGGGCCACACUGGGAGGAGUCGCCUGGGUGGGCAGCAAGAGCCUGGAGCUCACCAAAACAGCUGUGACCAGCGUCCCUGCUGCUGGCGUCGGACUGGUGAAGGGCAGCGUCUCGGCAGUGACCGGCAGCGUCGGAGCCAUGGGCAGUGCGGUCGCCAGCAAAGUCCCUUUCACCGCAAAGAAGAAGGACAAGGCUGACUAAUCCCUGUCACAGCUCCCUUCCAAAAGAUCAACCUGCCCAUACUCUCCCCCUACACAGCACCUCUUUGAGUUGGAACCAGCCGCUUCAGGGAGGGUCAAGCACCCGAGCAGACUCCGGCUGCAGCCUGCUCAGCACCACCUGCCUGGCUCAGAGCCGCUGUCAAUGCCUUUCACUCCCAUCACCUACCGGGAACCAUCUUUACUCCGAGGGCUUUAAAGGUGCCGUUGUCUGUCUUGCAGUUUCCUUCCUCCCUUCUUGCUCUUGUAAGCACAGAGGGGUGGGAGAGGGUGUCAGGCUCCAUCUGCCUGAAGGUGGGGGGAGUAACAGGGGAGGGGGAGGAACUAUGCCUGGCUUGAAGUGUGGGUUGUGUAGUCAAAUUCAACUUCAGCUGGGAAGACAGCCUCUGAAACACCCCUUCCCUUGGCUCUGGGCGGUGUGUUUGGGGGGGUCUGCCCGGCAGAGAACCGUAGAAGAAAGUCCCAUUGACACAAAGGAGAGAUACUGUGAAGAGGGGGAAGCCUCCCUCCUGCCCUGCACCUUUUACCUUUUCUUUGCAAGGCCCAUCCCACAAGCUGCUCCCAGUCACUUACUCCUUGGCUGAAUUGCACCCUUCAGAGAAGGAACCCUCAAGCUCAGCAGAGCAGCUCCAGGGAUGGUGCCACACAAGAGCAUGAUAUGUCCUGGGCCAUCAACUUCUGCACAGAUUUUCCUGGUGAGAGGCAGGAUGAUGAAAGCUGCUGUAUGUUCCCAUUUGGGGAAGGAGCUGACAGUGGCAUCUGCCAGGCCUCUGUGAUGUUGCAGCACAGCACAGGUAGUGAUGCUCCACAGAGAGAUAAACCGAGCCUUUGGGUUUGACCCUUGAAGUCCUUGCAGUAUCCCCAUCUGCAACAGGGACAUUUUGACUCUAGACCGUACUCUCGCUCCACAGAUGUCACUAGUAACAAUGAGCAAGCGUGUUCCCAAAUGCCACCCAAAUUCUGCUGCAGGGAGGGAGGGGAAGCUGAGAGCAUCGCUCUCCCCGUGACUCAGCACCCCAAGAGCGGUGGCCUGGGUAUGAGUGGGCUGCACCACAUUGGAGAAUGCUUCCCCGAAGGGCUGAGCAUGCUCCAGCAGCAGCCAGCCUGCACGGGGCACCAGCAACUCCUGCUCCACACACUGCUCCUGGGGCUUCAGCCCAGCUCCUCCAAAUGACCAUGUUGCACUAAAUAGCCCACCCACACUUGUAGUGCCGCAGAAACCCAGACACCUGCACCCAUCUGGGAGUCACAGCCAUCCUCAGCCUGGCCCAUGACGCUCAAGGGGCCAUGUGGCAUCGCGCACACACACGUGCACACACACACUCACUGACUCACUCCAAGGUCCCCUGUAAUUCUUGGGAUGAGGAAAGCCACAGGCUUCACCAUUAACUCUGCUGCUCCUGACUUUGGCAGGUGAUUAGCUUAGGUCGUUAGGUGUUGAAUGCAUAGGCAAGUGAAGCAGUGCUUGUGCUGUAUUUUAUAAAUAUGCAUCUGUGUAAGCGUGUGUGUACGUAUCGGUCCACAGGCAUGUCUUCAGCCAGGUAAACAAAACUGUGCCACUGCCGCAGAGGAGUUUACAUAGUCAUCGUUGGCACUUCCAGCAUAUAGUUUUUAUAUAGGGUCCUGUUCAAAGUAAAAAUCACGUUUUAGAGGAUGUUUUCCCCUCUGUUGCCCAAGAGCGUAGUUUAUUGAAACCAAAGGAAUGUGAAAAAUCCCCUUUCUCCCAUCUAUGCGGUUUGUUUACUUUCUGCCCUAUCUUUCGGACAUUGAAGCCAACUUCCUUGAUCUUCAUUUCCCGUUGGAGGUUGUUGCGCUUCCUCGCUGCUCUCUUGUGCUUAGGACUCAGACAUCAGGGAAUAUUUAAGUACAACUCCCCCGCCACCAUUUUGGCUGAAUGUUCUUCAGCUUGUGAAGCAGUUUUCAUUCAGACCUUUAUUAAAUCCACAUUUUGGGCUGACGUAAGUUGCUGUGUCCCUGUACUAGUCUCUCUCCAUACCCUUCGCUGGGCAGUCCCUGCUGUUUGCAGUGGCAAGAAGUUGCUGAUCUCCACAGUGUGUUACUCUUGAUAGCAUGAGAGUGGUUUAACCUACAUCAUUGUUUCUGAAGAGGAAACAGCAUUUGGUAUGUGUGUGCAUUUCCUCGCCUUGUCUCUUUUGUUCCGGUGAAGGCCAAGUUGACCCAGACGUGUCGGUUUUGUCUCUGAAGGCAGCGGCUUCACAGAAGCAUCAGGCCUUGAUGUGUGCCUGUGCUUUGCUGGAGUGCUCGUGGCAGUUGGCAAGGCCAGAAGUAGUCUUGUAUGUUCUUCCUUUGCCUCAAACGCCCUGCAAAGCAGGAGGACAGUUUGCACUGCGUGGAUCUCUGCUCGCUGCUCUCCCUGAGCACAUCUCAUUUCUUAUUCCAGAUCACAGACUGCUCCUGAAGCCAGCUCUAACCCCAAAGUUAAAAGCUGCUUGUGCGUAACUAGCUGUGCUGUCAGCAACCCUCUUAGAAAGGUAGUUUCUUACCAAUUGGGACAGAAGAUGGUCUUCUUCCUAACUGCCUCUCCCAGGCCUUGGACAGGAGAAGACAGUGUCUAAGGGGCUUUACUUCACCGGCCACCCCUGGGCUGGUGAUGGGAAGCUUAUCGUGCUUUUGGCUAACCAGUGUCCCACACAGGCUCUUGCUGGGAGAGGCAAUACAUCCUUCCCAAGCUGUUGUCUGCAGGCACUGUGUGUGCAGAGCAGGCGUGGAAAAUGGGAUAAAGGUGCAUUAAGGAAGGCCAUAGGGGUCCUGAGGGUUUCCCGACUUUUUAUUUCUGCUCUUUUGCGUGUCCUUGCAGUAAAUGGAGUAAAGCUCUCCAUUCAUCUGGAACUGCCAUUUCCUUGCGGGAUGGCCUGGAGAAGGAGAGAAGAGUUGUGAGGGGAACUCACAGCCUAAAUCGCUGUUCUUACAGCCCAGCUAACAGAGAACCCAUGGACCGUAACUAGCAAAAGAGAUCAAAUUAGCGGGCAAGGGGAGAAGAUUAAAUCUACUCCAAAACCAGGGCCUCACACCACUUAACAGGCAUUCAGGAAUAUGUAACUAUGCAGGACUCAAAGGCCUCUGGAAAGUAUGUCUCUGUUAGCGUGGUAGGCCUGCUCGGUUCAUCCAGGUGACCCAGCCCCCGGCUGCUUUUCUGCGCACUCUCAGUGCCAGAGCAGAAGGAAAACAGGGUCGGUGUUGCCAGUUGAAGAGCAAAGACACCUCCUGAGAGCUUUGGUUGCAGGACGGUAGGAUCUGGAUCGGGUAGGGAAGCUGUUGGCUCCUGAUGGAUGCCCCAUCUUUCCUUCUCCCCCACUAUAGAGACUCCAGCCAUCUCAAAAGUCCACCUGAGCCACUGGUGCAGCCCUUCUCCCACCGCUCCUUUGUGGCAAGAAGGGCAAAAACUACGUUGUGCCUAAAUCCCACUGCUACUAGACGGGGGGGCUUGGUGCAGAAUGGGGGCGGGGGGGCAGCACCGAGGUGGAGGGAAGGAUUGAAGGGUGUUAGUACAAGGAAGAUAACCAGUUUUCAGGUGACAGUGAGAAGAUGAGGAGGGACUGGUGACAGGAGGAGGCGAGGAGUGGGGGAGCAAGAAAAGGGGGAGCGUGGAGGGAAUUUGUUUCUUAGGACAGGCUCUGCAUCAGAGGAUGAACACGAUCGAGUUUGUCCUAGGGAGGAGCGCAGAAAGGGAAGUGAGCGAAUGUGGGUUUUGGUGUGUGGUGGUGGUCCAACGCCUGGCUGGUGCCCAGCUUCCAUAGUAGUGAUGAUGGCUAGGGGUUUCCAUUUAGAUAGAUCAGUGUGCCCAACGGAUGGUCCAAGUGCCAGAUCAGCUCCCUCCUUACCACCACCCCCUUCCCAGAUCUCCCCCAGGCUUUUGUUAUGAUCUCCCCGUGGUGGGGCUGGGUCUCCCCUGUGGUGGAGGUGGGAUGUGGCCCUACACGCAGCCCUGUGCCCCGCCACGGCUGGACGUUCCCCAUGCCCAAGGAACGUGCCCCGGCUGAGAGGAGACCCCACAGGCACAUCCUCUCCUCCUUUUCGCUUGUCUGAUUAUCCUUCACCUUCAUUUUUUAUCCCCCCGCCUUAGCUUUCUGUCUUGCCCCUGGCUAGAGCUCUCCAAAGGUCCCACCAAGACCUUCGUUAAACCACACUCAUAUUGGCUGGGAGGGCAGAGAGGGCGACUCUGCCCCCGCAGCUGCCCUGGCUGGGAGAGAAGUGCAUGUCUUCCACCCCUCUCCCUCCCCUUGUGUUUUGUGUGUGGAAAAUCUUAACCCACUUCUUUUCCUCUGGGUUCCCUCGUUGGCUCUUGUCCCUGUGGGUGGGUCAUUUCUGUGUCUCCAUUGCAAAGUCAUCCUUGUAAAAACAACAGUGUGAGUGGGAACGUGGAGAUGGCUAGAGAGAGGCGCAGAGCUGCUGGGACAGAUGCCGGGGCCCGACUCUGCUUCUCUAAGAGCCGAGGAGGCCUUUGGCAACCCAAAACUGUCACUGUAGCCAUGCGGUCCCGUGUACGGUGCUGGGCUCCGGAGAACACUUUCGUUCUUUAUCAUUUCAUUGUCUGUAAUUGGUUUCCUACUGAAUUUGUUUGCUUGGUUUGUUUUGCAGUGUGUUUCUGGGAAUAUUCUGCAUCUCUGUAUUUUAAUUACAGUAAAAUUUGAGGAUAAAAA